GGCGCAGUGCAGUGGUCAGAACGCGUAUCGAAAACCAUCACAAAACUUUAUUGAAGCGGCACAGGAUGGAAGUGAGCGCGGCGAUCCUAGGAUAGGAAUUGAAGGCUGCUGAUAUGGCGGACCCGGUGGCACAGACCUCCGUGCAGCCCCGGCUUCAGCAAGCUCAGUCCAGCGGCCCGGCAGGAUCCACCCCGCACCCCGGAUCCGGGAGCAGCGACCCGGCCCGACCAGGCCUGAGUCAGCAGCAGUGGUCCAGCCAGAAGAAAGCCCAAGUCCGCUCGUUUCCGCGGGCUAAAAAACUGGAGAAACUCGGAGUGUUUUCCUCCUGCAAGGCGAAUGAUACUUGCAAAUGUAAUGGAUGGAAAAACCCCAAUCCUCCGACAGCUGCUCGUAUGGAGCUCCAGCAGCAGGCAGCCAGUCUGACGGAGGCCUGCCGAAGCUGUGGACACUCUUUGGCGGAGCAUGUGUCUCACCUGGAAAACGUGUCUGAGGAGGAGAUUAACCGGUUGUUGGGGAUGGUGGUGGACGUGGAGAAUCUCUUCAUGUCUGUCCAUAAAGAAGAAGACACGGACACCAAGCAAGUCUACUUUUAUCUUUUCAAGUUGCUGAGGAAGUGUAUUCUGCAGAUGGGGAAGCCAGUGGUGGAAGGCUCUCUCGGUAGCCCUCCCUUUGAAAAACCCAACAUAGAACAAGGGGUGCUGAACUUUGUCCAGUAUAAGUUCAGUCAUUUGGCUUCUAAGGAGAGGCAGACCAUGUAUGAGCUCAGUAAGAUGUUUCUGCUCUGUCUGAACUACUGGAAGCUGGAGACCCCAUCACAGUUCCGUCAGAGGGCGCAGAAAGAGGAUGCGGCCGCCUACAAAGUCGAUUAUACUAGGUGGCUGUGUUACUGUCAUGUUCCUCAGAGUAAUGACAGCUUGCCCCGGUAUGAGACCUGUCAGGUGUUCGGCCGCAGUCUGCUGAAGUCUAUCUUCACUGUCACCCGCAGACAGUUACUGGAGAAGUUCAGAGUGGAGAAAGACAAACUCCCACCAGAGAAACGCACUCUGAUCCUCACACACUUCCCCAAGUUUCUUUCCAUGUUGGAAGAAGAAAUCUAUGGAGAGAACUCCCCCAUUUGGGAGGCAGACUUCACCAUGCCAGCCUCAGAGGGGACACAGCUGGGGCAUCAAACAGUGCUGAGUCCAGUCUCGGUGUCUGGCUCUCCUCUCAGUAAAGGCUGCAGUGGUUCUGCUCUGGGUGUUACAGGUUUGGACGUCGCUUCCUCUGAACCAGUAACCGGAGAGAAGCGAAAGCAUCCCGAGGCACUGACACUUGAGGAUGCCAAGCGGAUCCGAGUUAUGGGCGACAUCCCCAUGGAACUGGUCAAUGAAGUCAUGAAGACCAUUACAGACCCUGCUGCCAUGCUGGGGCCAGAGACUAGUCUGUUGUCUGCAAACGCAGCUCGUGACGAGACGGCUCGUUUGGAGGAGAGGAGAGGCAUCAUUGAGUUCCAUGUGAUUGGUAACUCUCUCUCUCAGAAGUCCAAUAAGAAGAUUCUAAUGUGGCUCGUGGGCCUGCAAAAUGUUUUCUCCCAUCAACUUCCCCGCAUGCCCAGAGAGUACAUCACACGUCUUGUGUUUGACCCGAAGCACAAGACUUUGUCUCUGAUUAAAGAUGGCCGUGUGAUUGGAGGGAUCUGCUUCAGGAUGUUCCCCACUCAGGGAUUCACAGAGAUCGUCUUCUGUGCGGUCACCUCAAACGAGCAGGUCAAGGGCUAUGGCACACACCUGAUGAAUCAUCUUAAGGAGUACCACAUCAAGCACGGCAUUCUGUACUUCCUCACUUAUGCUGACGAAUAUGCCAUCGGCUACUUCAAAAAACAGGGCUUCUCCAAAGACAUCAAAGUGCCGAAGAGCCGAUACCUUGGUUACAUCAAAGACUAUGAGGGAGCCACGCUGAUGGAGUGCGAGCUCAAUCCCAGAAUACCCUACACCGAACUCUCACACAUCAUAAAGAGGCAGAAAGAGAUCAUCAAGAAACUGAUUGAGAGGAAACAGAAUCAGAUCAGGAAAGUGUAUCCUGGUCUCACCUGCUUUAAAGAGGGUGUGCGGCAGAUUCCUGUGGAGAGUAUACCAGGCAUCAGAGAGACUGGUUGGAAACCUAGUGCCAAGGAGAAAAGGUCAGAGGAGAAUUUAUGCAUAUUUAUUCUGAAAUCUUAG